AUGUCAACAUUCAUUGAUACAAUAAAGGAAACAUCUCUUGAUAUUAUAUCAAAGGAGGCCUCCGAACCGCUAGGAUUGGUCAAAAAUUAUAUGGAUUUAGUUCUCAAGAAAUAUAAGGAAUCGUCAAAUACUAAAACCGCCAUCGAUGAAAUAUCAGUGGAUGGACUGGAUGCAAACCAAGUAUGGUGGCAAACUAAGAUGGUUGUUGAUAGUACUCAGGUAGAUUUAAUGAACGACAUUCAGGAGAUGAAGGCAAUUAUGAACCCAAAGAAUGAAGGCAUUACUGAUGAUAGCGAUGGUGAUUCAAUAGAGGAAAAGCAAAGCGAGGAAAGCGAAGAUGAAGGAUCAGAUGUUGAACUUAAUGAAGAGGAGGAGGAAGAGGAGGAGAAUGAAGAAGAUGUUAUAGACGCUGAUUUACAAAUUUCUAGCGAAUCGAAUGACGAGGCAUUCCCAGAAUCAGCACCAAAAUCUGAUCUAGAUGACGACAGUAAUGAGGGCACUAGCCCUGAAAUUGAUUCUGCAAAUGGUGUUGACGAUGCUUUUUUUAACCUAGAGGAAUUUAACAAACAAACUUUAGCACAGGAAGCAGCAAACCCAGAUGAACUGGACCAUAAUGGGGAAGAUGGAGAUGAGGAUAUAGAUUAUUUUGCUGAUAUACCCUCGGAGGAGGAUGAAGAGGCUAUAUAUUACGAUGAUUUCUUCGACAAACCAACAGAAAAAAAGAGAUUGACACAUUCAAAAGAUGAUGACUUGAGGGAAUUAGAUGAUGAAGACUAUGAUUCUGCCAUGAACUCAGCUAAGUUAGACUUAUUUGAAGAGGAUAACUAUGAGCAGGAUAACGCAGAAACUGAACUAGAAGGUGAACAGGUAGGACAAUCUAAACUCUCGACAUUCGAAAAACAGCAAUUGGAAAUCCAAAAGCAAAUCGAAAAACUAGAAGAUGAAGCUAUUGCGGAAAAGAAAUGGGCCUUAAAGGGUGAAGUGAAAGCUAAGGAUCGUCCAGAGGAUGCCUUAUUAACGGAAGAUCUCGAAUUUGAAAGGACAGCCAAGCCGGUCCCAGUAAUAACUGCAGAAAUUACAGAAUCACUUGAAGAUAUGAUUAGAAGAAGAAUUCAAGAUGAAAAAUUUGACGAUUUGGCAAAGAGAACGAUAAAUGACCUUUCUGAGAGACAGAGGAAGCCUAAAUUCGAACUAAGUGAUGCAAAGUCUUCAAAAUCUUUGGCUGAAUUAUAUGAAAAUGAUUAUAAUGGCAUCCCUGAUGAUUCUGAAAUUAGUGAGGAAUUACAGAAGGCUCAUGAAGAGAUUACUGAAAUGUUUACCAAUCUAAACUACAAACUUGAUGCUCUCUCGUCCGCACAUUUCGUACCAAGACCAGCACAAAAGGCAUUAGAAGUUAGAGUUGAGUCAGCUGCCGUGACUAUGGAGGAUGCUCAGCCAUUGACCAUGUCCUCAGCGUCUACUUUGGCUCCACAAGAAAUUUAUAAGGUUGGAAAAUCAGAUAACCAAAAUGAGAUUAGAUUGAAGAACGGUACCCUUUUGUCGAAGGAUGAGUUAACAAGAGAAGAUAAGAAUAGAUUGCGUAGAGCAAUGAAGAGAAGGAGAUCAAAGAAACAGUCUUCCGACUCUGUACAACCUAGUAAAAAGAACAAAAGAAACGAUGUUAUUGAAACGCUAUCAAAAGCCAAAAAUCUUACAGUCAUUAAUCAAAAAGGUGAGAAACAUGAUGUUAAAGGGAAUGUCAAGCGUGGGGAAACGUCAAACAAAGGGGGGAAUGUUAAGCUUUAG